AUGGAAUAUUUAGAAAUUAUUGAAACUAUUAUUCCUUAUGUAAUAAACAAAAUUUUGAUAGGAGUUGAAGAUAAGAUUCUUUUAAAUUUAGAGAUUACUUCAAGUGCAUCUUAUUCAUUAGAUUUAGCAUUUAAAAUGAUUAAAUAAGUAAGGUUUGAUCCAUCUUCUUAAAAUUAUUAUGAUUCAGAAGAUGGAGAACCAUAAAGUACUAUAAAAGAAAGACAUAGAGCUUAUAAUCUCAAAUAAAUUUAAUCCUUUAAAGGUUAAGAGACUCCUAGAGUUGAAUUACCUCCAAAACAUAUUUUUAUGAUGCCAACUUAAUUAUGGGAAGAUUAUGAGCCAUAAUUAAUUAGAUAGAAAACUUAAGAAUACAUUGAAGAGUAUCCUAAUGAAAGAAGAAUUAUGGAAUAAAAAUGCAUAGAAAAACAAUAUAAAGAAUCAAAGUUAAGAGAAUAAUCAAGAGAAAAGAGAUAAGUUAAAGAAUUACAUUCUUAACUUAUAAUGAAGAUAGGUUCUAAAGAAUAUACUUAUGAUUUUAAUUGUAAUCCACUAGCUAGAUCCAAUAAUUAAGUUAAAAAAAAUGUUAUUACAGCUCUACCUUAUGAAAUUCCAUUAACUGAUAAUAAUUCUAUAAUUUCUUAACCAAAAUUAAUAGAAUAGGUCAAAUCAAAGAGAAAGCAGGUCGAAAAUAUUGAAACUAUAAUGGAAUUUGAAGAAUAAUAGGUUUAAGAUAUUAAAUUAUAGCCUGGAGUUAGGCUUAGUCUUAAACCUAUUCAAACAUAAGAAUUAUCUGUGAGAUUAUAAUCUUAAUAUUCUAAAUAACAUGAACUUAGCUCAGUUUCAUCAAAAAUACCUAAAAAAUAAACUAAUGUUGUUAAACUUAAUAAUUUAAAGUUAGUAGGAUAUUUAUAAUAGUUGGAUUGUGAUAGUUAUAUUAAAGUAGCAUAAAAUAAUACAAAUUAAACUCAAUAAGUUUCACCUACAAAUCAAAGUUUCCUUGAUUAAGAAUCUAUUAAGUAAGAUUUACUCAAAUUACCAAAGUUAAGAUCACACUCUAUAAAUCCUAAAAUCAAAAGAAAAAGUAGGGUAUAUCCUACUUAUUCAAUUGUGACAUAUAGAGAUUGA